UACCACCUGUGGCCUCUCAAUACCGCCCAGACACAUUCCGAAGACGGAUACGGACAUCCGCAAAGCACAGAGUCUACCACACGGACCGGCACCUAGUGCAGUCACAUCUUUGGCGCCAUGUUUUGUUUAAGGAGCUGGCUUCCGCUCCUCUUCAUCCCGACCAACGCAUCGCCCUCCUUCAUAUUUCUCUUCUUUGUCUGCACAUACUUCCUGAACCGGCCGUGUGUGUACUGUUCGGUUCUGCUCGCCAUCCUCUUCGUCACGUCUUGCUACUGGUCCGACCGGUGCUUCUUCGACUUCAGCAGCAACUGGUUCGCGCCGCGGUCACCUUCCUCGCCCGUCGGGUGUUCCACGAAUGCGACAUGCUCUACAUCACUCUCGGAUGACGUCGUCGACUCGUUCAAUGCGACUGCGCUUGAGAUGAUGAGCACAACCGCUUCAGCAUUGGCUGGCGCUGCGGCCGACGAAUUGGCAAAGAAGAAGGCCGAGUGGACUGGCCUGGGCAUAGAGUGGCUGCGCAGUUUGCUCGGUCGGCGCGAAUGGAGAAUCGAAUGCAUGGACCUGGACAUUCGAUUAUAGAAAGUUUGCAAACGAGGGCGAAUUUGCCAAAGCCUCCCAUUCUCAGACCCUUUAGAUGUUAUCAUGCCUUGUAAUAAUUUAAUAACUGCUAGCAUUGG